UUCAGCGGAAGGGGACAGAGAUUGAAUAUAACGAAUUGGGCAUUAAAAUGCAAUUGCAAAUAGAAGAAGCGUAAAAAAUCGAAAUUAGUUCGCUGAUUCAACAACAAACGUUGCAGGUGCCAUCUGCAUGUGUGUGUCUGUGUGCGUAAAUAUAUAAAAAGAAAAUCAGGAGGAGCGGCGGCAGAACGUACGAAAACAAACGCCGCCGCCGGCGUAGGUGCAUCAGCAGCCCCAUCGACUAAGGGGGAUGUUCCGCGCACUCUUACAUUAGAGUCGAAGUCAACGAGUUGUGCCCAAUUUGUUUUACCGGAGUGGCUUAGAAGAAGAACCUGUUGUUGUUGCUUCGAUUGCUGCAACAUUAUGUGCCAGCAAGCUGCCAACAAACGCUGAAUUAUAACGGAAAAAUCGAUUGUGCUCAUUUUUGUUUUGGUGCGUAUUUGUUCGUUCGUCUUGUUGAUGUUUUCACGGCUUGCCAGUGAUUGUGUCCGUGUGUGUGUGCCUGCCCUUACAUGCGUAUGUGUGUGCGUGCUCGAAACUUAACAAGUGCGAGCGGCAAAUCGCAUUGAGACGGACAUGGACACGGCAUGACUCAUGUGCAACAAAACAAAAUAGUGCAAUCGGGCUAAGCUAGAACAGACAGAAAUCGCGCUGAAAAUGAAAAAUCAUAAAAAGUAUGCCAAGUUGCCCCAAGAUUUGGAUCUAAGUUUUCAAGGUGAUUUGGAUUUGCCAGACACACAGGCGGAUGAGUUUAAUUUGACUGCAAGUACUACUUCUGGCUUGAUUGAUGCCGACGUCGAUAUCGACGUCGGUGAUGACGAGGACGACGAAGAGGACGAAAUUGUUAUUGCGAGGCAGGUGGGCGGCCUGCGUUUAGCCUCCGUCACAGCCCCAACAGAGGCGACACGUAAGCAGCAGCGAAAGCAGCGCAAACAAUUGGAGCAGCAACGUAACGUUGGCAAAUUUCUGGUCAGCAAUAAGAUCUGCGGUCUGGGCAGCGACAGUGUUAUAGAGACGGGUCUAACCCUAACACCCGAAAUGCUGCUCUCCACCUCCGAGUCAUCAACGCACAGCGCCUCCGAGGUUGCAGGUCGUCUGCAAGUCGAUGUGCGCACAGGUCUUAAAUGGACCGAGGCCAAAUAUCGCGCCAAAAUCAUUGGCCACAAUGAGCUCAAUGUCAUCGAGGAGGAUCCCACAUGGAAGAAAUACAUAGAACAGUUUAGGAAUCCCCUAAUCCUGCUGCUGCUUGGCUCGGCACUGGUUUCGGUGAUCAUGAAACAGUUCGACGAUGCCGUCAGCAUAACCAUAGCCAUACUGAUUGUGGUAACGGUGGCAUUCAUCCAAGAAUACCGCUCCGAGAAGAGCCUGGAGGAGCUGAAGAAGCUGGUGCCGCCGGAGUGUCAUUGCUUGCGCGAGGGCCGACUCGACACGUUCCUGGCCCGCGAACUGGUGCCGGGCGAUGUGGUCUACCUGAAUGUGGGGGAUCGUGUGCCCGCGGAUGUGCGCCUCUUCGAGGCGGUCGAUCUCUCAAUCGACGAGUCCAGUUUCACGGGCGAAACGGAGCCGGCGCGCAAAAUCACGGACGUGCUGCUGAACAACACGAAUGUGAAGGAUCACAGCAACAUGAAGAACAUCGCCUUCAUGGGCACAUUGGUACGUUGUGGCAAUGGCAAGGGUAUUGUUGUCAGCACUGGCGAGCGCAGUGAGUUCGGUGAGGUCUUCAAGAUGAUGCAGGCCGAGGAGGCUCCAAAGACGCCGCUACAAAAAUCUAUGGACAUUUUGGGCGCUCAGCUGAGUUUCUACUCGUUUCUCAUCAUCGGCGUCAUCAUGCUACUGGGCUGGCUGCAAGGCAAGCCGCUCUCGGAGAUGUUCAACAUCAGUGUCUCGCUGGCUGUGGCCGCCAUACCCGAGGGUCUGCCCAUUGUGGUGACCGUCACACUGGCUCUGGGCGUAAUGCGGAUGGCCAAGCGGAACGCCAUUGUGAAGAAGUUGCCCACCGUGGAGACAUUGGGGUGCGUGAACGUUAUUUGCUCCGAUAAGACUGGCACCCUGACUAAAAAUGAAAUGACAGCCACGAUCAUCAUUACGGCCGAUGGCUAUAUGGCCGAUGUAACCGGUGCCGGCUACAAUGAUCAGGGCGAGAUACACAUACGCCAUUGCAAUAAUGUUGAAAUGGCCAAAUCGAAUAUUACGAAUCUCUUGGAAAUUGGCGCCGUAUGCAAUAAUGCUUACAUACAGAAUGGAACCCUAUUGGGUCAACCCACUGAAGGCGCCCUCAUCGCCGUAGCCAUGAAGAACGGCAUGUAUGCUACUGCUGAGAAUUAUGUUCGCAUACAGGAAUAUCCGUUCAGCUCGGAACAGAAAAUGAUGGCGGUAAAGUGCAUACACAAGUACAAUAACAACAAGGAGGAGAUUUUCUUCGCCAAGGGGGCUCUCGACACCCUCUUGCCCCAAUGCACCAAAUAUCAGUUCGGCACACAGACCGUGCCACUGACCAAGCAAAAUGAGGCCGAAUUUCUGGCCGAAGCCUACGAGAUCGGACGCAAGGGAUUGCGUGUCCUGGCCCUGGCCAAAGGACGCUCCAUGCAGGAUUUAAUCUAUUGCGGCCUGGUAGGCAUUACCGAUCCACCCAGGCCACUGGUCCGAGAGUCCAUUGAGAUGCUGAUGCAGAGCGGUGUGCGCGUCAAAAUGGUUACGGGUGAUGCACAGGAGACAGCCAUGGCUAUAGCAAAUCUCAUCGGCAUCGACACCAUCCACCAUCAGACGUUGUCGGGCCAGGAAAUGGAUCAGUUGAAUGAGCACCAACUGGACAAGGUGGCCAACAAUGUGAGCGUUUUCUAUCGAGUCUCGCCGCGGCACAAGCUCGAGAUUGUGAAGUCGCUGCAGCGGACCGGCAACAUUGUGGGAAUGACGGGAGACGGCGUCAACGACGGAGUGGCCCUCAAGAAGGCGGACAUAGGCAUUGCCAUGGGAAAGAAUGGCACCGAUGUGUGCAAGGAGGCGGCUGACAUGAUACUGGUUAAUGACGAUUUUCACACCAUUAUCGCCGCCAUUGAGGAGGGCAAGGGAAUAUUCUACAAUAUACGAAACUUUGUGCGUUUCCAGCUGAGCACCUCGAUAGCUGCUCUGGCUCUGAUUGCGCUGGCCACGCUAAUGGACAUUGCCAAUCCGUUGAAUGCCAUGCAAAUACUUUGGAUAAAUAUCAUAAUGGAUGGCCCACCGGCGCAGUCUCUGGGCGUCGAGCCCGUCGAUCACGAUGUCCUGAAGCAGAAGCCCCGCAAUGUGAAGCAGCCGAUGAUUACGAAAUCGGUGAUUGCGAAUGUGCUGCUGAGUGCCAGCAUCAUUGUGUUGGGCACUCUGUGGGUGUUCCAGCGCGAGAUGGCCGAUGGAACGCUGGGCAAGACGAAGCGCGACACCACCAUGACCUUCACCUGCUUCGUCUUCUUCGACAUGUUCAAUGCGCUUUCGUGCCGCUCCCAGACCAAGAGCGUCUUCACCAUUGGCCUGACCACAAAUAGGAUGUUCCUGCUAGCCGUUGCCUUCUCGAUAAUUGGACAAAUGCUGGUCGUAUAUUUUCCGCCGCUACAAAUGGUUUUCCAAACCGAAGCGCUGACUCCCUACGACAUACUCUUUCUCGUCUCGCUCACCUCCUCGGUGCUGGUCGUGUCGGAGAUCAAGAAGUGGUUCGAACGCACCAUGGAGCGUAAAAUGUACAGCACCCGGUCCGAGUUGGAUUUUGUAUGACAAAACGCAAGCGCUAGAGACCAGUUGCAUACAAAAGCCGAGUAAAUUAAAUUAACAACAACAACAAAAAAAAUUUCAGAAAAAACCUACAAAAAAAGAGCAAAACCAUGCAGAAAAAAACUUGAAACCAAGUGGGGCAGUGUGGCAAGCGACGAGAGCGAGCGACGAAAGGCAGCGGCAGCGGCAGCGGCCAAAUGUGUGUUUAAUUUUACAUUUUACUUUUUUGCAACAGGCGACACCAACAACAACAACAACAAAACUACAACAACCACCCCGCAGCAACAACAUAGGUUAGCCAAAAAGAAAAAGUAAUAGUUGAAACAUUCCAAUCGGCGGCGCAUGAAUUUGAAGCUAAAAACUUGACUUCAUUUGAAAAGAAAACGAAUUCAAAAACACAGCAAUCCCCGGCAAGGAGCAGCAAAACUAAAAAUAUUCGAUUCCGUUAAUCCCCUUUACAAAAAAUGUAAAAUGUAAUCUACAGAAGUAGCAGAACAGAGCAGGCGAUGCAAGAAAAUGGUUUUUUUCAAAAUAAUUUUUGUUAAUUUAUUCGGUCUUUGGAACAAAACAUGUGACAAUUUUGCGAACAACAUCGAGCAAAACUCUAGCGCGUUAGCAGCAAUUAAAUAAUUUGUUAACAAACGAAAAACAAAACGAUUGUGGAAAAAAUAAAAUUGUGUUUAAAAGUACAAUA